AAAAUCGACAGAUAACGUAGCUCCACAUUGACAACACAGCAUGUUUAUCUCCAAGAUAUUUCACUGGAGUGUUUCUUUUUCCCCAUUUGAACAGCCAAUACCUGUUCAUUGAGUAAACAAUUGGAUGUGCGUAUUGGCUGAAUCGUUUAAAGCCACAGAGCGUCUCCUGCAUUGAACGCAGUACAGUCGGGACAUAUUGAGUUUGAUGGUUGCACGUAUAAAGGACAGGAUUGAGCUUACAGAAAUAUAUACGACGUGGCUGGAAUGUCUCUAAAGAAAUUAUUCCCAAGUUACUUUCUUCUCUCCGCCGUCCUCUCUGCGGUCGCUGCUGAACUUGUGAUGAAAGGAUUCAAGAGAUUGAUGACGUGUGAUGACGUAACUAAGACAACGUCAGUGACGGUACUGACGAAGAGUGAGUGUGCUGUGAAAUGUGCCCGACAAGACUCGUGUAAAUCAUUUUCGGUUACAACAACAGCGCCGCGACUCUGCUACCUGCACAGUGUCUACCUGAAGGCCGGCGUGUGUGAAGAACACUACAGACACUAUAACGACCUUGACAACCCUUGUUUUCACGGUGGAGACUAUGACGUGUCAAACAACACCUGCGUCUGUUACGGCGGCUACGUUGGCGACCUGUGCGAAAGGCUCAUGCAAGACUGCAGUGAGGGGUUCCUCUAUAGUUACUAUGCCAGUCAAGAUGCUAACUUCCUGUGCCAUCCAAACGGUGCUCCUAAACCGAUCAAGGUGCACUGUCUCAUGACGUGGGGGGGAAGAACACUACUCACGACCCAGGCUUCAGGAAAUGAGAAUUUUACCAGAACGUGGGAGGAGUACAAGACAGGGUUCGGUAGGAUGUCAGGUGACCACUGGCUAGGAAAUGACAAUAUACAUUACAUAACUAGUGGUAGAACACACUAUCUUCUUCUUGAACUUUGGACACCCGGUUCAGACAUCGAUAAUCAAAUAGAGCAGCGGUUAUACGUGGACUUCCUGGUAGGGCCUGAAGUAGACGACUACAUGAUGACCUUUUCCUCAGCUUUUCCAAACCCACAAUGGGUGCAGCUUCCUGAAGAGUGUCUUGUGCGCGACACGCCCUUCAGUACCCCAGAUGUGGACCACUCCGGGGCAGCUGGUGUGACACAGUCUGGCUUCUGGUUUACAAACCCUCCUGAGUGUAAUCCAACAGGGCAGCUGAAACCCAAAGACAUCUUCUGGCGCGGGGACAAGACUGACCUGUUCUGGAAGGAUAGUAUUGACGGCGAGGCUGUCAACAAGAUCAAUGUCUUUAUGCUCAGUGGCCAUCCAAGUGACCAUGGGUGAUCCUGUUACAGGUCCGCCAAGUACCUGCAUUGAUGCUUUCAUUCCAGUCAAGUAAAGUCAUACGAUGUAUACAUCCUUUUAAAAGCUGGUUUGUCUUCGACUAAAACCGUGAAAGCUUCGAGUAACUGAAAUAUCAUGAUGAUUCCAAUGAAUUAGUUUAGAGAAAUCACCAAACUCCAGAUGGUGACACAUGCCUAAGAGUGUCUCACUGUGUCAUUACCUUUGUAAUAUUGUAAAUAUUGAUUACUACAAACGUUAUCAGUUACGUUGACCCAACAUUGUUAAAAACACAGCACCAAGUAGGAGAAGCUGUCAGUUAACAGUGGCGCCACUUAAAAAAUUUUUCGAAAUGUUGUAAAUAUGUUAGACCAACGUAAGGAUUCAAACGGCGAGAUUGCCAAUCAUUGCCAGCGUUGGGCCAACAUCUGAAUGUAAUCUGGAAGCCAACAGGCGACAGGUUUAUUCGAUCUAUGACGACACAGUAGACACAAAUUAUGGCUAACAACUUCUUGAUAUACUAGAAAAGCAACGGUUUGGAAUACACCCUGAGAGCGCUGUCAACAAGACUUAUUUAUAACACUUUAUGUAAUAAUUGCAGACUGUGAUUGGAUUAUUCUCUAACCAUAUUGAUAUGUCAAACAAUCGCAAAUUUGAGUGUUACAGGUAACUGAAAUACUCACAAAAAUUGAAUAAUUUAUCCUGAAGGUCUUCGCAAACCUUGUGUUGAGUCUUUGUUGGACCUUUUCAUUAUUUAAAGAAAAUUUUACUUUCUCAAUAGUAAUUUCAAUUGGAUUCUGCGAUCGUUUUCGACACAUAUACUUUCAUGAACAUUACGUCUGAUUUCUUGUUUGUUGAAACUGUAAAUAACGUCAAAACAACCUCCUUUCUUCUGAGCUUUUCUUGCAUGAUUAUUAACGAUGAUUCGUUUAUUUAUUUCUCCUAAUAAAGCUUAAACCGUCA